CAUUGUUGCCUGCAGAUGCCCGUCAGUGGUGCAGUCGCCCUUUGAAGGCUCUCCAAUCGCAGCGCAUAGCGCGACCGAGGGAGGGCGGGGCUUGUCUCUCUCUUCCAGCCCCGCUUUAGCACCGUGUCCCAUUGACAAGACGGCGACACACCGAGUAGCGUAUUCCACCACGUCUCUGAACUAAGAACCGUCAAAGUGGACCGGCGAUGACUUGGAGCUCGGAUAUUGUGCACUUGAGGAACUAAGUAAUGCGCACAUCCAAGAGGUCACCGUUUGGGCUGGUAUGAGACCUGUGGCGCUCAUGGAUGAAGGAGCAGCAGAUGUUUAGUGGACCCCAGUGUGGCUCCAUAUUCCACUUCUACACUACCAGCAGGCCUGGCCCAGUUCAGCCCCACAUGGAUUGAUCCCGCUGUAGGAGCUGUACUCAUGGAAUACAAAGCCCGUGCUGGUGAGCAUGCCUGCCUGUCCGAGCCCUCUCCUCUGCGAGAGUCUCUCCUCCUGACACAGCUUCUCCACUCGGACAUCCCCUGGUCGCUUCAAGCCCCCUCGCCAUGAGGACCACUGCUCGGUGAUUCGGUGCCUCAGCACUCCUUCACGAACCGGAGACCCCCUAUUUUUGGAUCAGGCUUUUGUUGGCUACACACAGGAUUUAUCUCCCGUGGGCUUCCUUUGUGUCAAGGGGCUUAACGGCAGCAGAGCGGGGGCUUUUGCUUCACCCGCUGUUGCGCCCAGCUGCUCUCUUUGUGGACGGGCCGUGAUGGCAGCCGGCCGGCCGGACGCGCAAGACCACCCGCCCGAGAACGGCUUCCCCCCGCUGGAGCACCCGGUUCCCCGGUUGUUACCGCACAUUGACGGCUCGGUUCUGCCGUCUCUGGGGGGCUUUGGGAAACAUCAGAAGCAGCUCGUGGUUCUGACCUGGAUACCGGCAUUGUUCAUCGGCUUUAGCCAGUUUUCGGAUUAUUUCCUCCUGGCGCAGCCCAAUGGCACGUGCUUGCAACCCUUCACGAACGACAGUAACUGGACCGCGGCAUCCCCGCCGGUCACCGUCACCGGCGGCGCGCCCGCGUGGCAACUCAAAGCCAACGGCUCCGGGGAGGGAUACGGUGACGGCAGCGCUCUGCUGUGCGCCUGCAAGGAGUGGAGGCUCGAGCUGCAGACGGGACUUAGUCAGAAUGUGGUUACCAAGUGGAACCUGGUGUGUGACUCAGCCUGGAAGGUGCACAUUGCCAAGUUCUCUCUGCUGGUGGGCUCCAUAUUUGGCUACCUAGUGAUGGGUGUCAUGGCUGACUGGUUUGGUCGACACCCGGUGUUGAUUCUCUCGGUGCUUUUCAUACUGGUGUUUGGUCUGAGUGUUGCCUUCUCUGUAAACGUCACCAUGUUCAGCACCUUGCGCUUCUUUGAGGGUUUCUGCUUGGCGGGCCUCGCUCUCUCCCUCUACGUGCUCAGAAUCGAGCUUUGUUUGCCAGCCUGGCGCUUCUCUAUGACCAUGGUGGCCAGUUUUCUGAUGGUGGGCGGGCAGCUACUGAUGCCAGGGGUGGCCGCUCUGUGCCGUAAUUGGCCGGACCGGGAUGACUGGCAGGUCCUGCAGAUUGUUAUAAUCAGUCCUUUCGUUCUGAUGCUGCCCUACGUCUGGCUUUUCCCCGAGUCGUUGCGCUGGUUGCUGGCAACCCAGCACUACAGGCGGUCCAAAGCUAUGAUGCUGUGCAUCGCCAGGAAGAACCAGGUUAACAUGACAUCCGAGCCACAUGGAGUUCUUUCAGAGCUGGAGCAGGAGCUGCACAAGAAACCCCAGAGGACCUGCAUUGUCAAGAUGAUGAGCACCAGGAACCUGUGGAAAAACAUUGUGGUGCUGUGUGUCAACUCUCUGACAGGUUAUGGGAUCCACCACUGCUUUGCCCGCAGUAUGAUGGACCCGGAGGCCCAGCCCACCGCUUUGUGCCACGCAGACUAUUAUACUAUGGCUGGCAUCGCCGUGGCAACCUGCCUCGCGGUUUGCCCCGCCGUGGGGUUGAUGGGUCGGCGUGGAGGGCUGCUCACCUUCAUGAUCAUCACGGCCCUGGCAUCGCUACUACAGCUGGGUUUACUCAACUUGAUUGGAAAGUACAGCCUACGCCACGACAUAGUUCUGCGAGACACUCUGAACAGGAAAUUCUCGGUGGCCUUCUCCAUCAUCGGCAUGUUCUCCUCGCAUGCAGUCAGCACACUCAGCAUAUUCUUUUGUGCUGAAAUCACCCCGACUGUCAUACGGGGUGGAGGGCUGGGCCUGGUCCUGGCUAGCGCCGGCUUCGGCAUGCUCACCGCGCCCAUCAUGGAGCUCCACAACCAGAAGGGCUACUUCCUGCAUCACGUGAUCUUUGCCUGCUGCACCUUGCUGUGCAUCAUCUGCCUGCUGCUGCUGCCCGAGCCGCGGGGCCAGCCGCUACCGGAGAGCCUGGCUGACGGAGAGACCUUCACCCGUCAGACGCUGCUCCACCCGGGAGAACAGCACCUUCUUCUCGCCAAGACUGACGGGGACUACUCCCGCGUCCACGACACGCCCCUACACCUCACAACCACUGGGGGAGCUACGGUGGCAGCAGCAACCGCUCUGGCAGCGGUGCCUGCCUCAUACGCCUUGGCCACCGGCGGGGAGGUGAUUGGAAAUUGUGCCAUAGCCAAUGGUGUGUGAGCAUCCUAGCAAUAGUCUACUACUGUGCUAAGUAUUGCUCAAGCAUUAACCUGAAUUGAAUGAUCAUUAAACUUGUGGAAAAAACUUUUAAGGGAAAAAAGAAUCUUUCGGAUGAACCAGAUGAACUCUUUAACGGGGAGAUGUGAGGUGGUGACGAUAAUAACUUUGUGUAGUUUGUACUGACUGAUUCAUUCAGGAGUUGCCAAAAAAUAUUGUACUGGACAAAGUUUACCUGAAGUCAGUGUGUGUUAAAUAAUACGAAAGUCAUCAGUGGUGUUGGUGUGUUUACUUGCACUGUCGUCCGCUCUGUCGAGAAUGAUUUACAGGUGAAAGAAGCAGACGCAGGGAGGUCAGGAGGGCAAAGUAGAGCCGCUUUCAAUAACGUGUGCUCUGUGACUUUUCUGUUUGUGGUUUUGACUCGUUGAGAGAGGAUUUCACUGCAUCUUAUAAUUCUUUAUAAGUUAUUUUGCACUAAAUGUCAAAGACACAAUCAAGUGUUUGUGAUUUUCAGCCAACACGUUGGAGAUCCAGAGAUUGGCUAAACCACUACCACUGUUUUUGCAUGAAAGGGCACAAAUAGUUUUACAUGCGUUUUCUUCUCAUUUGUGCUCCCUCUACUAGAAGUCCAAUGAUGAGGUUGGUGUAGGCACUGAUUUUUAAAGAAAGCAUUACUGCUACUCGUGUGGGUGUAUGAUGGUUGUCUGGUGUGAGGAACAGCCGGAGACCUCAGUAUGUGUAGCCUGUAGAGACGAUGGGUAAAGCUCAACAAAUGUGAGAGUUGAACGGACAUCGGUGUGUACUACUGUACGUCUUAUGAAGCGUCUCAGCAUUUUAAUGGCUUUAUCGUGAUGGCUCUGUUCUUUUUAACAAAGCAGAGAAUGUAUUUCAAGAAAACCAGUAUGUAUUUAUUUUUAUCAUGCUGCCAAGGGCAAUUUUGUUGCUUGAAAUACCUCCUAAAUGAGCAAAUAUUUCCAACUCUCACUCCUUGUUCUCUGUACUGUGGUAAUGUUGUAAUCCUGCUCCUAGGAUGUGUUACUCUAGCCAGAAAGCACAAUAUUUUACAAUUUUUUGAAAAUAAACGUUUGUGAAGAUUAGAAUAGAGCAGCGUGGUCUGCGCAAACCUGGCCUAGUUGUGAUUAGUGUACAUUUAUACACUUUGCUACGUAAGCAUCCCUUAGGCCUGUAUACAAGUGUAAGGUAUGUGUACAUGUACCAUUUAUUCAUAAUGUGUGGCCCAUCAACCUUACUUGUAUAGGAUGUAAUAAGCACAUUGAAUAGAUAAACCAUCCCAUGCACCAUUUUGUCAUCCAUAUGUACCUGAAUCCACAGAUGCUACAUUUUUUAAAUCAUAUUUAGUACACAGCAUGUAUUUUGAACACCCUGUAUGGUUUACUAGUUUGUAUGUUUUCAACAGUUAAACACUCAAAGAAAAAAAAAAGAAGAAAGAACUCAACUACUAAUGCUGUUUUCUAAGUGUUAUUUUUUUAAUAUGAUGCAUUUGUACAAAAAGCCAUAGGCCUACAUGUUUUGAUAAUAAACCACUUAAUUUAUUAUGUCAAUAAAAGAACACUUGAUGUGA